UGUUAAAGUUAAAAUCAGAGGUACUAAAAAUCGCGAAUUUGCAUGAUAUCGAAAGUGGAAGAAUCUGAAUGAAAUGCUGCCAAUGCCCAAGAAAAUUCAGUGAAUUAAUUUUGAUAACAUUUCCCAAACAAUGGCUGGUUUGGAAGAGCUCGGAAUACCUGGUGGAGAAUUUCUCCGCGAGUCGUUAACAAACUGUGCUGACCCACUUGCAGCGAUAGAGGAAUUUCAAACUGACAAUGGCAUAUUAUUGCCAUCGCUAAGGCCUGCGUUACCUUUCGUGGACUUGCAUGAUAUAAAGCGACUUGAUUUCCAUUCUUCGGUUCUUGAAGAGUUACGGGAAAGACUAGUCCAGCAGAUAUCGGACGUAGCAUCUGGGGAUAAUGAAGAAAGGUACAAAAAACUGGAGAGUUUAUUGGAGAAAAGUUUCCCAGUGAUAAAGGUGAAGAGUUUAAGACCAGUAGUUAUGGCAAUCCUUAAACAUCUCCCCCAAAUUAAGGAUGAAUACUUAGAGAAGAUUCUGGACGAUAAGGAAUUAUAUGCAGAAGCAGCUACAGAAGUGAAAAGACAAAUUUGGUCGGACAAUCAGGCGCUAUUUGGAGACGAAGUUUCACCUUUGUUGUCACAAUAUAUCAAAGAAAAAGAAAAUUCCCUGUUCUCGCAUGAAAAUAGUGCUCAGACAUUUUACCUUGCAUCUCCAAAAUUAAGAAGACAGAGUGAAGUAGUUCAAAGACUUGCCGAUAUGGUCGGCAAAAAUGUCAAAUUGUAUGAUAUGGUUUUGCAGUUUUUGAGAACUCUUUUUCUAAGAACAAGAAAUAUGCAUUACUGUACUCUAAGAGCAGAACUUCUGAUGGCUCUUCAUGACCAGGAAGUUAAUGACAUCUGUUCUAUAGACCCCUGUCAUAAGUUUACUUGGUGUGUUGAUGCAUGCAUUAGAGAUAAAUUCAUUGACAGUAAGAGAUCCAGAGAGUUGCAAGGCUUUUUGGAUGGAAUCAGAAGAGGACAGGAAUUUGUUCUUGGGGAUCUUUCCAUGGUGCUGUGUGACCCAUUCUCCAUGAAUACAGUUGGGCUCUCGAUGAUGAGGAACUUGCAGCACUGUUUAAAUAAUGAGUCUUUGCCAAGGGAUAGCUCUGAGAUUGUGUUGCUGGUGAGGAUGAUGGGACUUGGUCUAGGGUCUUGGGACAUGAUUGACAGCCAGCUCUUUAGGGAACCAAAAUUGGAAUCAUCACUGUUCACCAAGUUCUUGCCCAUGAUAUCUUCGCUAAUGGUGGAGGACCACACACGGGUCCUGUCGGCCAAGCUACCGGAGGAGCCACCCCUUAGUGCCACCCCUCCCUCUGAUCUGUUUCUGACUUUUGUUAAAGAGAAUCCCAUAGCCAGCUUCACAACUCUCUACUAUUCUUUGCAGGUGACCAGGAUGAAGGACAGGGUGGCAGCGUGUAACAUUAUCCCCGUUCUUGUACAUUGUGAAAACGAGCGUGCUUACGAAGAUACCUUUCUGCACUCUCUCAUCUCAUUCCUCAUCGCCAUGUCUGAUGAAUUCGCUCACGACGAUUUCUGCAGUGUUGUGUUUGAUGAUUAUCUCCUUCCUGGCAUAUCUAGAGAAAAUGUUUUCCGUCAUCUUCUUCGUCUGCUGUGGUACAUACACCCCAAAGUUCCACAGGGUCGACUGCAGGCCAUCUUGGAUGGCACACUGCCCAACAAUGAGCACAGUGAAUGUGUUCACACUAUUUACCAACAACUGACAGACAAAAUCAAUGCCUGGCAGCCAAGUCCAGCAACUCCGCAGGAACAGCUCGACUCACCGCUCAUGAGUGUACCUACACCAGCUCCUCUGUAGACCUGAACGGAUAGAAAAUAGUUCCAACAAAACAAAGUAGAGACUGAUAAGAGACUCUCAUGGUGUGGAAUAACAAAUCAUUGUACACUUGAUUGAUGAGUCAAAAAAUUAAUGUGUUCAAUUUUAAGAUAAUAAAUCAUUGUUAGAAUCUCAACUUCAAUAUUAAGUUUUUUUUACUUUGUUUAAAUGUUGUGAGGGGUUGAAUUGAAUAAAUAAGUUGUUUUUUGUAAGUUUGGAAUGCCAUCCACAAUUUUUUUUGAGAAAUCUUCCUUAAGUCGUUUAAAUGUAAUAGUGCAAGUGAAAUGUUUAUGCUGCACUAUAAAACUGCCAAAGUGGCAUCUUUAUGUUCGCCUCUUUUCAUUAUUCCAUCAUGAUACAUGGGUGUAAUUUUAAUUUGUAAUUUGAAUAUGUAAUUUUCUUUGCUUAUUAACAGAUUUUUUUCAAGAUGAAUUGGCUAGUUUUAUACAGUCAUACACUUUCAGCAAAGUUAUGGUUCUUUGACUUUAACAGUAAAUAUCUAAAUUCAUUUAAAAGUUUCACCAACUUCUUGCAGACACCAAUCUAACUUUACACAGUAUACGUGAUUUACAAAUCAAAUUUAAGUUUGAGUUUCAUAGGGGUAUAUCAAAUUUCAUUAGAAUUUUUAACCUUGGACUUUUAAAUUUUUGUUCUUCUUCAAAUUUCAAAGGUUUCGCAUGUAGUUGAGCAGAUUUUUUAGCACGCAUCUCUCUAUUUUGAUGAAUUCACUUUGACUUGUAAUACUUUAAACUUGCCUGCAGGUGUGACAAUUGUGUCAUACUGACACGUCUAGAUUUUGCUAUGCCGGAUGCAUACUAACAUUUACUACUGGGAAGUGAGGGAUAGAUAGAUAGUUUCCUGUCCUAGUAAAACAUUGACCUCUUCUCUGAUUAAAUUGAAACCUGAACACCACUCUUAAACGUACAUUUCAUAAACUUGAUACCAAAAUCUUUUCAUUCAUAUUCUAUUUUUAGAACAAGGCGGUAUAAUAUUCUCAAAGUUUCAAAGAAAGAAACUUAACUAUAAUUUUUUAUUUUUAUUUUGGGCAACUUAAUAAUGUUUGUGCUGAAAACUGUAUUCAUCCUAUUGAGCGUUUCUUCUGGUAAGCACGACUAGCUCAUUUUUGAAACCACUGCGAUUAUGGCCCCCAUCCAACCAUUAAUGUAAUACAUGUAGUACUAUGGGGAGAAACAAAUGCCUGUUCAACCUCAGUACUGCAUUAAAUUUCAUGGUGCAUGUUAUUUCAGGUCAAGGCUUUUUAUUAAUUAAUUUUCUAAGUCUUUGGGGUAUUUAAAAUGAUGAUAAUGGCACUGUCAUUGUAUAACCACAGAAGGAAUUGGAAUGGUAUACCGGUACUUAUUGUAUUAUUAUGCAACAUUCUGCAAGAACUAUACAGCAAUACAUGUGUAUUGUGGUUACAUUGUGUUUGGUUGUUAAAAAACAAAAACAUAACAUAUUGGUGCUUUCUCCACUAUCAAUCACAAGACUGAUUUACAUAAAACAGAAUCUGAUGAAUAGAUUAAGUGUGAGUGAUGACUUUCACAGAUUAAUUAUUCUCUGGGGGGGGUUAAUGAGGCGCCCUAUCACUUCCCUAUGGGUCCAGACCCACCCAAAUGUCUUAAUUCCAAAGUCCCUAGGGAAAAAAAAAACAUCUUGUGGGAGGAAGUUUACAAAGCCUUCUGGGAUUUUAGUACUGCCGCGUACAUGUACUUUGUGGUUGUGGUGAUUUAAGAAGGUCGGGGCUCAUUAAUGUUUUUUUUGGGAAGAAGUCGUUGAAUUGGUUGUUAAUUUGGCCACACCUCUUGUUAUCUGCAAGUUUAAGUUUGUGUAAUUAAAACGUGCAAUGUGUAAAGACCCUGAUAUAUGCAGGUGUUUGUCACUUCGUCUCAAGUAAUUUUCCUCGAGAUAAAAUGAACGACUCUGGUUCAAACAUCAACCAAUAGGAGGGGUUUAUACAUUUAUUUUGAUAAUAAAUGGUAUAAAGGGUUGCCAAGAUUACAUUUUAAAAAAAACAAAGUCUCUGAUGCAGUCUGUGUAUCUGUUUCUUGUUAAUUGUUUUUGACACGCAGCGUUUCUAAAUGUUUAAUUCAUUAUAGCGCUGUUUUGUCCCCUUGAUCCCGUCAGAGUCGCUUCUUUAUUUUUCAAGAUCACUAGUACUCUUUCUGGUUAAUGUUUCGCCAUUGUUAUAUAGAAAAACACAAUUGAACAAGAUUUGCAUAACAAGUUUUGCCUUUCACUCUCUGUCAUAUAAAUUGUUUGAUUUUAAAAAUGUCCACAGAGUAUGCGUUAUUAAAGCUAUAAGAGCAUUGCUAUUUUAAAACAUCAAUCAUAAAUUGCAUGAACUCGAUUCAUCUUGCAAAGGGGAGUAGAAUAUGACUAUUGGCUAGGGGAUUGGGACCUUACAAAUUGUUUGUGUUUAGUAUCACACCUGCUUUGCGAGAUCACCUGUUCAACAGCGAACCGUACACAACUACUGGUAAACCCUGCAGACAGAUUACAGACAGAUUGCUCAUACCAGGCUAUGCUUUGAUUUUAAACCAAUUCAUGUUGGGCCUAAUCUUGAUUUCAAAAUAUGCACGUUUAUAAAUUUAGCACAUGUAUAUUUAAUCUAGAUCUAACUAUGAGAAAUAUUUGUUUGAAACAAUGGGACAUUUAAACUAGAAUAAAUAUAUGACAGGUUAUUUUUCAUGCAGGUGAAAUCUAUAUCAUGGAAACAGUUGCAAACAACCCUGAAGAUGGACAGACAGAAAUUCUUUUUUCUCAUGCACAAGUGGAGAGGUUCAGAGAAAAUUAUGUAUGCAGUUGUUUGAUGCAUUUCACUAUCAAAAGUUUUAUCAGCAAACUGCAAGAAGAGUGCCUCAAAAGUACAAGCAUUUACUCUGAUCUUAUAUGCAGUACUUUUUUUGUAUGCUUAUAACCAGUACUAAAAGUGAAGUGUAUCCUAAGUAAUGAAGGGCGGAACAUCCAAGUCAUAUAUUUCUCAAUUAAAACCAAGUUAAUGCGUGGUGUUGUAGAAAUAUAUAGGACCCAUUAAGUACUAGCUCAUUCAAACAUUUUAAACAUAUAUCUAAUACACAUACAGUUCUUUGCGCUCGUUGAUUUUUAAUGCCAACAUUUUUUAAGAGGCCCGAUGAAUCAUUGUGCAAAUUAAGCUGUUACGGCUUAAUGAAUAUUCCUAGUCGAGGAAACGUUAAAACAAAACGAAGAUUGUACGAGAGAGAAGAUCUGGUUUAUGUAUGCAUGAAUUCAUUAUGCAUGUAUAUAGAUAUAUAACUGUACAAAACAAUUUUUCACCACAGCAAAAUCCUGUGUGCAGGCACUAAUAAGCUCAAAGUCAAAAAAAUUAAGAAACAAAGCAUAUAACAAUCACAUAUACAUGUACAAUGUCGUAACAAGCAUAUAUAUACGUAAUCCAUUGUAGAAGAAAAUAAAAAACCGAAUUAAAUUCUUGUCAUCCGUAAUCCAGGAAUAUCUUAAUGAACACGCUAGCACCUUUCUGGUUUACAAAGACAUUUAGAAAUCAGGAAUGUCAACUUGAAGACCUUCAUAUUCUAACAUUCCAGUGGUACAGGAGAAAAGUCAAACAUAAAAUUAGAUUUUCUUAACAAAAAAAUACAAUUUAAACCACAGAAACUUACAUCUCUAUACUUUCUGCCAUUUAUCAUAUCACCAAAAAAAAAUGUUUGAACAACUUGAUAAAUUUGACAAAUUCUGUCUAACAAAGCAGAACAGCUGUUUAAAUUUUUGUUGGGGUCUCUCCAGUAAAUAUGAAUUUCACUUUUAAUUAACGAGAAAUUUAAACAUGCAUGAUAUAUUUUGUUGGUUGAUAUAAAAGGGGUCACAGAGCGCAUUUGACUGUCAGUAACCAAGGAAGAUAUUUCUAAUACAUGAACAGGAAAUUUUUCAAAACCCAAAUAAAUCAGUUUCCUUAAAUUUGUCUCUAUUUGAAUAAAAUCAAACAUUUUUAUUAAAGCCAUAUAUGAAAUAAAUGUAUCGAUCAAUAUUUAGUUUUAGGUUUGAAUGUUUGCGAUAAACUUUUAUAUACUUAACGUGUAUUUUAAACAUUAAAGUAAUUCACU